CCCUCGCAAGCCUCGGACUUUCCCUGCCCCUUCCGAAGCAAAACCCUAUAAAACCCCCUCCCCUUCCCUCCUCUUGCUCCUCCUCUCAAAAUAUAUAUAUAUAUACAAAAACCCAGGGCCAUGUCCUUGAAGCUCAAAGUCGACGAGCUCCGCGCCCAGCUCUCCGCCCGCGGUCUCGACACCGCCGGCACCAAACACACCCUCGUACGGAGGCUGGACGCGGCCCUCCGCGAAGAAGGGAAGGAAGAGGAGGCAUCCAGAGAUGCCAGGGAGAAUGGCGCCUCCAAUGCGGGCAAGAAGAGGUCCAGAGAUGAGCCUGAGGUGGGCGAUGGGAUCGAAAGGCUUCGGGAGAUGAGCGUCAGGGAACUGAGGGAACUGGCUUCCCUUCGUGGGUUGCCAGCUCACGGGUCGAAGAGGGAACUCGUGGAGAGGCUCUCUGUGGAUGCGGAGAAGGGUUCUGAGGAGGUUCUUGAAGGAAAGGAAAUCGAGGGGAGUAAGAAGGAGAAGCUGAUUACAGCUACCAAGAAGGGCGGGGCGGUGUUGGAUCAGUACCUUCCGGAUCAUAUAAAGUCGAACUACCAUGUGUUGCAGCAAGGAGGUGAAGUUUAUGAUGCUAUUCUGAAUCAGACAAAUGUUGGAGAAAACAACAACAAAUUCUAUGUUAUUCAAGCUCUAGAAUCUGAUGAUGGUAGGACAUUCAUGGUUUACAAUAGAUGGGGUAGAGUUGGAGUGAGAGGUCAGGAUAAGUUACAUGGCCCCUACACAUCACGAGAAAGAGCGGUAAAUGAAUUUCAGUUGAAGUUUUUUGACAAGACAAAGAAUCAGUGGUCUCAUCGCAAAAAUUUCACAUGUUACCCUAAAUGCUAUACUUGGUUAGAGAUGGACUAUAGUGAAACAGAGAAGGAAACAGUUGUAAAUAAAUGUGAUGACUCCAUCACUACUCAACUUCGAGAGACAAAACUUGAGCCACGCAUUGCAAAGUUUAUAUCCCUGAUCUGCAAUAUCAGCAUGAUGAAACAGCAAAUGUUGGAGAUAGGAUACAAUGCUGACAAGUUGCCACUUGGUAAGCUAAGCAAAUCUACAAUAUUGAAGGGCUAUGAUGUCUUGAGGAGGAUAUCUGAUGUGAUUUUACAAUCUGACAAGAAAAAACUUGAACAAUUAAGUGGGGAGUUCUACACAGUGAUCCCACAUGACUUUGGUUACAAGAAGAUGCGUGAAUUUGUCAUUGAUAGUCCUUAUAAAUUAAAAUGCAAGCUUGACAUGGUUGCAGCCCUAGGGGAGAUAGAGAUUGCAACCAAAAUUUUGAAAGAUGAUGCUGACAUGCAGGAAGACCCUUUGUAUUCUCGUUAUCAACUACUCCAUUGUGAAUUAAUGCCAGUCGAAGUUGAUUCGCAAGAAUUUUCGAUGAUAAAGAAGUAUAUGCUAAAUACUCAUGCCCAAACACACUCAAAUUAUACAGUUGAUAUUGAACAGAUAUUUAAGGUUUCAAGGCAGGGUGAAUUUGAACAUUUCAGAAAGUUUUCUAAUAUAAAAAACAGGAUGCUUUUGUGGCAUGGUUCUCGACUCACAAACUGGACUGGGAUUCUUUCACAAGGAUUGCGAAUUGCUCCUCCAGAAGCACCGGUCACCGGUUACAUGUUUGGAAAGGGAGUUUAUUUUGCUGAUAUGUUCUAUGCAAAUUAUUGUUGUGCAUCACAUGAAUCUAGGACUGGAGUGCUGCUUUUAUGUGAGGUUGCAUUAGGUGAUAUGGCUGAGUUACUAAAUGCAAAUUAUAAUGCUGAUCGUUUGCCAGAGGGAAAACUGAGUACAAAAGGGGUUGGAGGAACAGCACCAGACAUGUCAGAGUUCGAGACUCUUGAAGACGGUCUAGUUGUUCCCCUUGGAAAACCAAAAGAGCAAGCAGACCAUGAGGGUAGCUUGCUGUACAAUGAAUAUAUUGUGUACAAUGUGGAUCAGAUAUGGAUGAGAUAUGUCGUUCAAGUAAAUUUCAACUUCAAGAGAUGAUGGUCGUUUCUGCUCCAAGCUCACUUUUGUAGCAGGUUCAGAAGCUUCCUAAUGUCUCAAUGUGCUCUAACAAUAUAAACUUCCCUGCUGAAGUUAGUUGAAUUAUGGAAUAUAUAUAGUUUUUUUUUCCUUUUUAUCUUCUUGGGCUAAUCCAAGAGUAAAUAGAGGCUCACUUUUAAGUCAGCAGAAUGUUUGAAUUUUUGGUUCCUCCAUUUGCCCCUCCAGUUAGCUGGAAAAGGCAAUUAUCUGAAUUCUGCCUUGUAUUUUCAUGACUUAGAUGCGAGUAAAAUAUUUUGGCCUCAUA